CAGUCUGACGAGAUGCAGGUGCCUGUGAGGGACUGCGUCGCCCUCUCCGUCCACACCUUCACCUUCCUGCUGGGCCUGCCCUCCAACCUGCUGGUCCUCUUCGUGUACGUACGCAAAGCCCGCAAGCGGGGCGCCACCCCCAACGUGGUCUACGCCCUCAAUCUGUGUGUAUCCAACCUGGUGUUCAUGGCCUGGCUGCCCGUCAAGUCCAUGGAGAUCCUGCUUCAGGGCUGGAGGCUGCCCCCGGCCGUGUGCCCCGUCUACAGCUUCUUCCUCUUCUCCUCGCUGUACGGCAGCUGCCUGUUCAUCACCGCUGUGACCGUGGGCCGCUACCUCAGCAUCGCAUUCCCGAUUAUCUACAAGAGAUACCGCCACGCUCGAAUCUCCUGCGUCAUCAGCGUUGCCCUGUGGGCGCUGGUGCUGCUCCACCUCGGCGGCGGCCUGGUGGUCGAAGGGGGCGCCCACUUUGUCUCUGUCAAGGAUGACACCUUAUCUUGCUACGACAACUUCAACGCCUCUCAGCUGGCCGUCCUGCUGCCUCUGCGUCUGGAGAUGUCCAUCCUGCUGUUCCUCCUGCCCCUGGUCGUGACCUCCUUCUGCACACUGCGCUGCGUCACUCUGGUGUGGCGCUCCAACCUGCCGCUCAUGGGGAAGAGGCGAGUCCUGACUGUGGCGCUCUCCACCCUCACGGUGUUCGUGGUGUGCCACGCGCCCUACAACGCCUCGCACAUCGUGGGGUUCGCGUUGGGGACGAGUGUGGAGUGGAGGACGUACGCCAUGCUGACGAGCUCCUGCAACGUUUUCCUGGAACCGGCCGUCAUGCUGAUGCUGUCGCCGGCAGGGUCCAGGGGCAUCAUGGGAAGAGUCUGGGGUCGGCAAAGUCACUUCAGCCGAAUUGAAGGGACUCGGCCUCGGUGCAUUAACAGCAAUGGUGCUGCAAAGGUCAAGGCAGCAGUGACGCUCUCUGAGAGGAGCCAGGCCGGGGCGGAGGAGUGA